UAAUUUAUCUAUUAAUUUAUGAUAUUAAUAGAUUAUAUAUAGUUUCGCUCAGACAGAAGUCAGAAAAAGCACAAAAGCAUGCAAGCAACAAAGAUGGUUGAAGAAGAAAAAAACACAAACUGGAUCUACGUGUCCGAAUUACUGGAAGAAAUAUUCCUCCGACUGCCCUCGAAAUCAAUUCUGAAGUUCAAAACCGUCUCAAAACAAUGGAGAUCAAUCCUGGAAUCGAAGAUAUUCGUAGAAAGGCGUAUGAAUAUUGUGAAGACCAGGAAAAUCAUCGCUGCUUACAACUGCGACUGUGGCGACCGGCCGAGAAUCAUCCGCCAGGCACGGCUCGACGAAGCGGACGACGAAGAGAUCGUAUAUAUACACUUCGGCGACUCACAACUCUGGAACGUUUGGGACGGACGGCCCUUGAUGACUUGCGACGGUUUGGUCUGCAUAGUUGAACCAGAGUCUAUCAUCGUUUUGAACCCCUCGACCGGACAACUCCUGCGGUUCCCUUCUGCCCCAGAUCCUUCCUCCCGAUUUAUAAACGGUAGAGAAGGGUCAGAUUUCUUUUGGGGAAACUGGGUCAUGGGAUUUGGUAGAGACAAAGUUACGGGGAGCUAUAAAGUAGCCAAAAUGUGCUUUUAUCCUACGGAGGGAGGAUGCGAUGUUCUUGAUGUUGAAAGUGGUGAAUGGAGGAACCUGAGGCUUUAUCCUUAUGUGGUCCAAGUGUCAAAACUAUCCGUGUGUGUGAGUGGAUCCAUCUAUUGGUUAUCCACCGCAUCGUAUAAAAUUGGAAGGGGUUACAAAAUCCUAGCCUUGGAUCUUCACAAACAAGAGUUUCAUUACAUCUCUGUUCCGGAUAAGUGGGUCUCGCGAACUACCCAUAUCGCUAACCUGACCGUCUAACCAUGUCCGAUACGGUUCGUGGUACCACACUAGAGAUAUUUAGCAUGGAUGCACACCAGGAAAUGUGGAGCAAGGCUUACUCCAUAAAU